CUUUCCCCCUAUAGUUCCCUAUGAAGCGCGCAACGCAGGCAGUUGACUAGGGUUUGAGACGCGCUCUCAAUUUCGGACAGCGCACUGGUCCACCUGGAUGCCGUGACUUCGCCUGCUUGCGUUUAAACCUGUCUGAAGACGCACUUUGAAAAUGGCUGGAGCAAUUAUUGAGAAUAUGAGCACCAAAAAGUUGGUGAUUGUCGGAGUGAUUCUCAUGUUAUUCCAGGCGUUUUCCUUUAUGGUCGGAGGGCUGAUUGCUCCAAGCCCCACCACCGCCGUCCACUAUCUGGCCACCAAGUGUGUGGACACCGUGAAGACCAAUAAUAAGGGCUCCAAGUGGUUAAUGCCAUGGGGCCCGGACCAGUGCAGCAAGAUCAGAGACUUUGAUGAGGCUAUGGUCAAGAAAAUCGAGGCUAACAACAUUGUGUUUGCUGUCCACAUUCCCCUGCCAAAUAGAGAGAUGAGUGCCUGGUUCCAGUUCAUGUUGGUGAUCCUCCAGUUCGACAUUGCCUUCAAAAUUCAAAACCCGAUUGAUGAUGGAGUUUUGGUCACAUUGGAUGUCGGUCUGGCCUACAGAGACGACACCCUGAGCGAGUGGACAAAGAUGGCCCAUUCCAUAGAGCAUCGCAAACUCAGCUGCAAUUUCACUGCAACCAAGACUAUAGAAAAUGAGGGACGCUACUAUGAUUGUGACCUGUUGCCCUUCAUGGAGGUUGGCAGUGUGGCCCAUAAGUACUAUCUACUCAAUAUUCGACUGCCUAUCAAUGAACGCAAAAAGGUCAACAUUGGGAUCGGGGAAAUCAAAGACAUCCGUCUUGUGAGCAUCCAUCAAAAUGGUGGCUUCACCAAGGUUUGGUUUGCCAUGAAGACGUUCCUCACUCCCAGCGUCCUAAUUAUUAUGAUCUGGUACUGGAAGAGAAUCACUCAGAUGACCAGACCACCUGUCCUGCUGGAGAAGGUCAUCUUCGCUCUGGGAAUCUCUAUGACCUUUAUUAAUAUUCCAGUGGAGUGGUUCUCUGUGGGCUUUGACUGGACCUGGAUGCUGCUCUUUGGUGACAUCCGUCAGGGCAUCUUCUACGCCAUGCUGCUUUCCUUCUGGAUCAUCUUCUGUGGAGAACAUCUCAUGGACCAGACUGAGAGGAACCGCUUUUCAGUGUACUGGAAGCAGGUUGGACCCAUUGUCUUUGGCUCCUUCUGCCUUUUCAUCUUUGAUAUGUGCGAGAGAGGAGUACAGCUAAAGAAUCCUUUCUACAGUAUCUGGGCAUCAGAUGUCGGGACAGAACUGGCUAUGGCCUUCAUCAUUGUCGCAGGAAUCUGUGCAUGCCUCUACUUCCUGUUCCUGUGCUUCAUGGUGUUCCAAGUGUUCGGUAACAUCAGCGGGAAAAGGUCGUGUUUGCCUGCUAUGACGAAGGCUCGUCGACUGCACUAUGAGGGUCUCAUCUUCCGCUUCAAGUUCCUGAUGUUGGUCACACUAGCAUGUGCUGCCAUGACUGUCAUUUUCUUCAUCAUAAGCCAGGUGAAUGAGGGUCACUGGCACUGGGGCGGGUACACGGUUCAAGUGAACAGUGCCUUCUUCACUGGCAUCUAUGGGAUGUGGAACCUUUACGUGUUUGCUCUCAUGUUUCUCUACGCACCAUCGCACAAACGCUAUGGAGAUGAGCAGUCAAGUGGUGGUCCAGAGGAUGACCUGAGCCACACAAUACUACCAGACACCUAGAUGAACACAUCUGAACAUCCACAGAACACAACCACAUACGAUACUUCCUCAAUAUCACAACUUCAAAUAGAAAUGGACUCAGGCAUUCGAGGGAAUGCAAGCUUCACCAUGACUUCUUAUUCUGUCACUUUAAGUUACAUAGCCUAAAUGCAGAUUGCUGUAUACAUGAUUGAUUUGUUUUAUAAUCAAAUAUGAAAAAAGGAGGAAUUGAAAGAUCAUGUGAAAAAUUAACAACUGGUGAAAGAACUCCUAGAAGCUCUUCAGCUACCAUAUGAAGUCACUAUUUUAAAGAUAUCGAGUUCCCAGUAGAACCCAACAUCAGCCUACACGCACCUUCAAGUUAACAUAUUAGAAGAGAUUUCACCAUAUUAAAAUGGAAAAUUAGAAUUUUCCUCAACAUUGUUUCAGUCUUGUAAAUUUAUGGUAUAGACAAUAAGAACCUUUUCAUGCAAAUAGUACACACAACAGCUAAACACGCAAACAAGACUGGAUGUUAUGUGUGUGGAUUAAUACCUCAUUCUGCAGAACAUGGUUUCCCAAUGAUGGGUGUACCUACUACUACUAAGUAUGAUGCCGAAGUAUUCAAAUUAGAAACAAACAAAACAACUAUCAGGCCUAAAUAGUCCACUGACUAUCGUCCUAUCAACAUAGUUUUUUUUUAUUGGAUCAAAUUCUUGGUGUAUUAGAUAAAACGGCUCAGUUCCAGUUGGAGAGACCAUUCACUGCAACAAAACAAUAGUCUAUUCUAACUUUUCAAAUAUGUAUCACACCUUAUUAGGAGUCUUCUGGAUUUGUGGAACUAAUGUUUAUACUCAACUUCCAAGGAUGGUCUGGUACGUGUUCUUUAGGUAAUUUAGUUCCAGCUAUGAGGAUUGUUUCUAAUCUACCUGACAGAAUCAGUUAUCAAAGAUCAACUGACCUUGGAACUCACCACCAAUCUACAUGGAAAAGAGCACUUGGUGCUCUUAUUCCUACUUUAGAUCAAAUUGCUGAUCUCUCUAGAGAAGUGGAGUUGCUAGCAAAUAACACAGCAUCAGGUUUUAGCAAGAUCGCUGAAGAAUUAACUGCUGUGCGAAUUUCCGCUUUGCAAAACAGAGCUGCCCUAGAUUACAUACUUUCUGCACAAGGUGGAACUUGUAAAAUUAUUGGAAUUGAAUGCUGUUCAUACAUUCCCAAUAACAACGAGGAUUUGAAAAGUGUGAUUUCUAAUACUCACAAUAUCUCCUGUAUUUUGCAUGAAGUGCAUUCUCUUAGCCUUGAUGGGAUUAACAAUAUUGACAUUGUUUGUCAUAGCAAUUAACCUUAUGCUUAUAAAGUUGAGCUGUAAUACUAUUAUGAGAGAGACGACAAUGGCUGCUCCUCAUUCCAACACACCAGCAAUGUAUCUCAUUUAAAUCAAUGUAUGGAUCAAUAACCUUUUUUAUUUUUUUCUUCCCUUCUUGUUUUCUUACCAUGUUGUUGCUUUAUUUUUAUUAUAAAAUUUUUAUUUAA